GAGGAAAAUGUAUUCUUAUGCGAUCCAGGCUCUUUCUUCUGCUUGCAGCAAGCGACAUAGGUGGAUGCAACAUCUGAACCACUAGAUUCUGCUGCCAUUCAGCAGGAACAUCUUCUAGUAGAUAUGCUAGUUAGCCUCUGCAGGUUUGAGUGGCAGGCUGGUUACCAGGAGUUGGCCACAGCGUUAUUUCAAGCAGAAGUGGAAUUUAGCAUCUUUUGUCCAUCUUUGUUGCUUACUGAACAGAGUAAAUUAAGACUGUUUGAGCACUUUUGGAGCAGUAAUGGUGCUAGAGUUGGAGAAGACGGAGCUUUUGGAUGGUCAUUGUGGCUGGAGAAAGAGGAGGAAAACAGGCAUAAAAUUUUGAAAGAAGAAUCGUCUGAUGACAAUGAGGUAGGUGGUUGGACAGGUUGGACAGAACAGGUCUCAGGUAGAAAUGGAGAUAGUAUUGCUUCAGCUAACACUGUAGAGGUCGAUGUUGAUCGGGAGGGUCUGGAUGAGGAAAUGGAAGACGAAAAUGGCAAACCUGAAGAUGAUACUGAAGCUAUGCUAAAACUAUUGGGCAUUGAUGUCAAUGCCGCGGCCAGUGAUGAGGUUAAAGAUACAACAACUUGGGUUAAAUGGUUUGAAGAAGAGGUUUCUCGAGAUCUCAGCCAAUGGAUGCCUACUCGGAAAGCUGGUGAAUUCUCCAGAGUUGAUGAAAUGGGCGAGGGAGAAGAUGAAGAUCAACUCUCGAGUGUUGUACUAUUUGAAGAUAUAAAUAGAUUUCUAUUUUCCUUACGUUCAAACGAGGCCCGCUUAUCUCUGGUAUACCAGUUUAUUGAUUUCUUCGGUGCACAUAUGUCCCCAUGGACUUCCAGCAACAGUUUGUCAUGGAGUGAGAAAAUAAGUAGCCUUGAAACACUGCCAGAUUCUAUGCUAGAAAACUUGAGAAGUGUACAGGAAUGUUUAUCGAAAUCAGACAGUGUCAACAGUUUCAGCUUGGGAUCUCUUUUAAGUGGCAGCUGUGACAUAUCUAUGCGGACUGAGAUGAUGAAGUUUCUCCGCAAUUCCAUCUUGCUUUGUCUAAAUGUUUUUCCGCGAAACCACAUUCUGAAGGAAGCUGUGCUUGUUGCAGAAGAGCUGUUUGUAACAAAUAUGAAAACAUGUGAGGUAGCAACUACUCCAUGUCAAUCUUUGGCCAAACGUCUCCUGAAAAGUGACCGGCAGGAUCUACUACUUUGUGGAGUUUAUGCACAGCGAGAAGCUGCUUCUGGAAAUAUGAAACAUGCAAGACGAGUCUUUGACAUGGCACUGACUUCAAUCUGUGGCCUCCCUAAGGAAUUACAGUAUAACGCUUCUUUGCUAUGUUUAUGGUAUGCUGAAUCGGAAAUAGCCAAUAGUAGCAGCAGAGAUAGGGAUACAGAAUCAUCAUCUCGUGCUUUGCACAUUCUGUGCUACCUGGGAAGUGGUCUAGCUUAUACUCCCUAUACUUCCCAGUCUUCAAGCAUGCAAAUCCUUAGAGCACGCCAAGGGUUCAAAGAGAAGCUCAAGAAGAUACAAUCAGCAUGGUCUCAUGGUGUUACUGAUGAUCAAUCAGCCGCGCUUGUUUGUUCGGUAGCUCUAUUUGAGGAGUUAACAAAUGACCUUCCUGGUGCUGUUGAGAUCCUAGAGCACAUGUUCAGUUCUGUUCUUCCAGGAAGAAAAAGUCAAAGUCAUCAACUUGAGCUCUUGCUCAAUUAUUAUGUGAGAAUGCUUCAGAGACACCAUGACGAUCUAACUUUGUCACAACUUUGGAAGCCCAUAUUAGAGGGACUGCAACUGUAUCCUCUCAAUCCGGAGCUUUAUCGAGCUUUGGUGGACAUCUGUAAUCACCGUAUGACAUCCCAUAAACUGAGAAUGAUGUUUGAUGACUACUCCCGCAAGAGUCCAUCUGUCGUUGUUUGGCUAUUUGCACUUUCUUAUGAGCUGAGUAAAGGAGGCGCCUCACACAGAAUCCGUGGAUUGUUUGAAAGGGCAUUUGCACAAGAUACACUAAAAAACUCGGUCAUUCUAUGGCGUUGCUACAUUGCAUAUGAGAUCGACAUCGCACACAAUCCAUCAGCAGCUAGAAGGAUUUACUUCCGAGCAAUAAAUGCAUGCCCAUGGUCGAAAAAACUAUGGCUGGAUGGGUAUAGGAAGCUUAGCUCAGUCCUUACGGUGAAAGAGAUGUCAGAUUUACAAGAAGUGAUGCGGGACAAGGAACUAAACAUUAGGACAGAUAUCUACGAGAUUCUUCUUAUGCAGGGAUGAGAUCAUUGAGAUGUAUAUAUAGUUAUGCUCUGUUCUGGUUAUUGAGAAUUUACCAAAAGUGUAGAAGAAGAAAAUGAAAUGAUCGUUUGUGCAACCCUUCACUUUUGCCUUUUUCCUUGUUCUGUUUAAAACCAUCCAAAAGAAUUCCGAGUAAAAAGGUCGCUUAAUAUUUCUGUCGGAAA